CAUCUGCUAAAGACACCACCAGUGCCUCCACCACGUCCAAGACGUACCCUGGAGACACUGAGCGGACCGCUCCCGGAGAAACCGCCACAACCAGCGCCGCAAACACCUUUCUCUCCUGAACCAGGAUUCGUUUCGUCGCUCAGCAAUGCUCUCGAUAACCGUGACGACCAUUCCAACAAAUCUAAGCUAGCCAACGUGAUCGAUUUGAAACAGAAUCGAGCACAACCACAACCAUCACAGAUGGGACUGGGUGCGCUUGGGUCUACGCCACCGAAACCAGCCGAACGAAAUGCUACUAACACCACUAUCACCACGAUCGCUGCUACAGUCACUCCGAGCUCGCUUCCGCCAGUACCAGCAUCGCGAUCGACAGUUACUCCACCGGGGGUGAAGGAAUCGCCAAACCCAACGGCCAUCGUUCCAAGCAUAGCCAGCGAUGGAUCCACCUCCUCGGAGUUGCUGACUCCCAACAAAACGAAAAGCCUUACGUUGAAGAAGAAAAACUCACUUCUCUCGAAACGCCGCAAUGUGUCUCUGAAAACACUCUGCGUUAGUGACAUCCAGGGUCAUCUUUAUCGACGAACAAAAGAUCGAAGUGGCGUCUCGUACUGGGCAAAGUACUACUUUGUGCUGAUUGAGACGACGCUGUACGGUUUUCGUAGCAAGGAAGCUCCGAAAGCCAAUAGUAUGAUCUUUCUCGCUGGCUUCACAAUCUCUACUGCGACGGAAGUUCAUUCGCGACCUCAUGCCUUCAAGGUGUAUCACCCGAAUAAAACGUUCUACCUAGCGGCCGAAACGAAGGAAGCACUCGUGCAGUGGAUGGAGUACAUUAAGCAAGCAACGCUCAAGGGCGGAACUGGCACCAUAGGAGGAAGUGGAGGUGGUGGUAACUCUUCCACGAUCGAGUACAACAUGCGAGAACUGUUUUCGGAAACGGACAGCUCGGACGAUGAGCUCGGUCUGAUGGAUAGUACGACGAAGCUGAACGUACUCUGCACACCUUCCCCACAGCUAUCAUCGUCGCACUCGCUGAUUGGUGGAUUAGCCGAUGGUACACCUACCUCCACCAAGCAGGACAACCGAUAUCAUUUGAACUUUGGUUCACUGAAAAAGUUCACCAAAAUGGGUACGGAUGCUUCCGAGCGAUCGGCCGGCACAGGCACGUCGACCUCUUCAAGUGGAAACAGCGGCGAGGGAAGCAAGUUUUUCGGUUUUUUCUCUCACCGCAGCGUAGAGAAAAGCAACUCGAGCGAAAUGCCCGUCCCAACGUCACAAUUCAAGAGUUACCGAAAGGUACCGGGGGCAGGAGGUUUACAGAUCGGAACGGCAUCGACAGAUGCCUUCCCACUACCUGCACUAGUUGGUACGCCCAGCGCGGGACUCAAUGGUACAAUGAGUGCUAGUAAUCUAUCACUUGUAUCCGUCAACGGAACGACAUCGGCAAUUACACCCACACCGACGGCCAUUGCUAGUAGUGAGAGCAUUCGAAGUCAACCUCCUGUGCCACCGCCACGUCCAACCACGCCGAGUUCUCCGAUACCACCCACCAUGCUAUCACCACCAUCAAUCGUAAUUCGUGAACCGAUGACACCUACGAUCAGCGAAGCGGCCGAGCUGUUGAACCGUGCCCGAAAGUCAAAACGCAUCUCACCGCAUAACUACAUCCACGCCUCGAACCCGAACCUUGUAGAGUUUGAUUUUCAAACAUCGAAAGCGAUGGAUUUCUCCGUUCCGAAGAUACACGCCGGCAAUGCAUGGGACACCAGCACACACUCGCACAGCAAUCUACAGUCCAUGAUUACGCUGAAGGAUCUAAUGUUGCAGAAGCAAGCAGAAGAGGCACAGGAUAUGUAUAACAAGCGAGUUUGCCUUGGAGUUGAGAAAUUGGACGAACGAGGCAAGAAGGUAAUCACCGCUGGCGCAGCAAUGAGCAGCAGUGCAAACAGCGAGCACGAUCGUGAGUCCGUCAGGGGUUCUUCGGCAUCAUCAACCGCACCAGCUAUACCAGAAGCGGUUAACAAGAUCCAACGGCGUCAGCUACCGAUAACGCCAGACUAUGCACAGAGCUUCAAGCUGGACGAUGAAGAUAUACUGUACACGCGCAGCAAGGAGGGCCAGAAGUUGCGUGACUUCGGCUACGAGAUGAUCUCUGGUGACGAUGCGUUCGAUCAGCGUAAUCGAACAAAUCGAUCCUUCAGUGCUGCAGGCGGAGGUUCGGCGAAUGGCGGUGCGGCGGUAGCAGGAAGUAGCCACAGUAACGGAAACGGCAAUGGCGGCGGCACUAGUAGCGGUGGUUCGAUUAAGAAGAAAACAUUCAAUUGGAUCAAUUCAUCAGAUCGCCGGGGAACAGAUGCUUCAGCGGAUAGAGGAUCAACCAAUGCCGGUGAUGGUGGUAGUCACUCAGCGGUUUCCAGUUCCUCUUCUACGAGCGGUGGCCCGAUGAUAUCCGGCGGUGGAUCAACUGUGUCCCUCUCACUGCGCGAUAGCUUUAAGCGCAGCAAAAACAAAGCGGUCAUUGGUCGGCUCGAUAACAUUAAGGCUAGCAGUGAGAAGCUGUUUCAAUUUAAGCAAUCAACGAGUAGCGGCGGAAGUAGCGGCAGUAGUAACAACAACGAUAAAGAAUCCCUUAAAACGAAGCAGCUAGACAAAGCGGGAGCACCGAGCGUAAUGUUGAUGAAUGUGAAUCUGAAACACCAACCGGCAUCGAUUGCAUUCGGUGUCGGUGGCAACAAAAAGAACAAUAACGAAAUCAACGCGGCCCUAGAGCAUCAUUCGGCGCUCCUGUUUCAGCAGGCAAAUGCCGGCUCGGUGCCCAUUGGUGGUAUUAAGAAAUCCAACACUUGUAACAGCUCGUCGGAUUUCAAGGAGAACUCGGGUAAGAUGCCGAAUAUGCGGAAAAACUCUGCUCCCGAAAGAAGCACUGGCGCUACGGGACAGAAUGGUGGACCGAGCAGCAGCAGCAGUACCGCAUCCUAUUUCACGAGCCUGUCCUUUGGGCGGUCAAAAACGACCAAAGAGAAACGGUGGCUCUCUUCUCCAAGGUUUCAUCGAGCGAUCUUUGGUAAAAACAACCACUCUAACGAUCACCAACCGACCGUUAUCGAUCACGAAGUGUUCUCACCCAUCUCGUAUACGAAGGCUCCACUAGUGCAGCAGCUUUCUUCGAGCGCAUCCGAGAGCUCUACUACGAUGCUAGCGGGAGAGAGUGGUGGUCAAUCGUCGUCUGGCAGUGCCAGUCUAUUGAGUAGUACCAUGCCGAACAGCUCUACCGGUACCGUGCUGACGACCAGCUUUGGCCCCAAUGGUGCCGUUUCGCGUAACUCGCCCGAUUACCCUAAUAUGGAGUAUCCACCCGUCUUUGAGCCGGAAACCUACUCGCUAAGCGAUCCCAACACAAGCCAAACGCUGCUAAAACGACGGCAGAACCAUCACCACCAUCCUCAGCAACCGCAUCAUCAGCAGCAUAAAUGACGACGUGGUAAGCGGCUACCGACGGUACGGGAGCACGAAAUGGGAUAGAUUUACGUAUUUCUUGUUGACAAUUGCUCCGUUUUGGUGGGAUUUUUAUUUUCAUUAUUUAUUCCUUUAUUCCCGGUUGUAAUGCUGUUAGUGGAGUCUCUUGUGCCAGAAAUGAUUGAAAAGGUAAACCGAUUUCGCAUGGGCCAUCGUUUGUGGUAUGGCGUUAACGCCUGUUGUGUCAUGUAUUCAACCGGAAGCUAUGCGUACGUACGUAAUGAUAGAAAGCAAAUGCUAGGUAUGUUUUAUAUAAUCAACCAGAGGUAAGGGGGGUGCAAGUUAAUCGCUUAGGUAGGUUAGAAAGCGUAUGGCAUGAGUGUGUUUGUCUGUGUAUGUGUGUGUUUGUCGGAGAUCCGAUAGGACCUAGAGAAAGAAUGCAUCCAAACGAGACGUAGUUCAAAUUGUGAUUUUAGAGCAUACAUUUCAUUCAAAGUUUUUGAAAGGGCUUAGUACGCACACGUUAAAAAUUAAUUCCACUUUGCGGUUUCUAGGAGCAAUUGGUGUGUAUGUUGUGCUGCAUGGUGGAGAGUAAACAAUUUUAAGUUUUAUAUACAUAUUGUAAAGAGAAAAUCAUGAUAUUUAUGCAAAACUGCAUCUAUGAAGCUGCGAAAGCACCUACACAAGCUAUAUUAACUUAUGAGGCCGUACGUUUAUGCUGUCUGUCUCAAAAGAAGGCGUUUGAGAUGGAACAGCCAUAUUCGUUGGCGUAAACUACUGGAACUUAUGAGCUACAUUGAGAAACCUUUGUAAGCAUUGUGGGGUUGUGAGAUAAAAACAAGAGAGGUAGAGAAGGAGAGAGAUAUGUGUGAAGGUAGCAACAAAGAAGACACCAAUAUUCUACCAGUUUGUCUUAGAUGAUGUUUCGAAAGUUCGACAAUGAGUGUAAAACUCUCAGUAGAGUUAGCGGUAUGCAUGUCUCCGCGCAACAAUGUUCCCAUACAUUCCUAUGCUGUACAUUCUAUGCUUCGUGCCCACGGGAUGUAAAAGGAAGAGCCAGGAGUGCUGCAGCUAACGUACCAGUAGUUCCUCCCCAUUCAACCAUAGGCCAUCGUUAGAACGCUACUAGCAUUCUUCGUUGUGGUGCGUAUAAUGUGUUUCGCAAAGUGCAUUAAGCCUGUUUUCAACACGACACGUAGAAUAAUAAAUAGUGCCUUACAUGUACAUACAUUUUGUUCUCCCUAUUUGCGACUCAUCAUUCGUCGCUUGGAUGCUGCAGGACCGACCACAGUAUCGAAUACAAACAUCUAAAUGGUCUAACACCUUGCAGAAUCAGAGAAAUAUAAUAUUAAAGUCGCGACAAUCUGCUAACAAUUCAGCAACAACGAAGUUGAUAGAUUGUUUAAAGCACUUACACGCAUUUGUAUCGCGAAUUUAUUUUCUAUUUCUUUAUGAACCUCGCACUUCUGCUUUUAUUUUCCUUCCAGCCGUAGGCUUGAUAGAGGAGACUUAUAUUCUUUCCAAUGCUCUAUUAGUCUUGAUUUAACAUACUUUCAUUCUUCCUUGAUACUGAUUGCAUGCUCUGAGAGAAACACUUUCUUUCUAUAAUAGCUAUGAAUUAAGCUACCUGCGAAAACAUUAUGGCCGCUAGAUGUAUGGCUGUUAAAACUUUUUACAAAAGACAAGGUCACGUAUGCUUUUUUGGGAGAUCUGCGUACAAUGAGCUUCUAUUCUGUCCUUGUUUACACACAGGGCAAAAUCACGGCUUCUUACCAUCCUCCUCUCGAUCGGGAUGAGAGAAUUUAAUCAUUGCUAUUGAUUAUUAUUACUAUUACUACUUGUUAAAGUAAGACCGGUUGGCCGUUAGCACUCUGUCGAGAAUCUCUUAUUUUAGAGUGCUAUAGGGGGACAAACACUUUUGACGCCUAUUAGUGCAUAGCUAUGCUUGGGCCACCAUUAAUUUGAGUUGCCUAGUUGAUCAGUUAGGCUUCUAUUCUAAUUUUAUUUCUCCUAGUUGUUUAGGAUGAUUUUUGGUUUACGUUUAUUAAAUCAAAUAUCUUCUUGAUUUACUUUGUUCUGAAUCUUUGUCUAUUGCUAUUUAAUUUCAUUUUAAUCAUUUCUAAUUGAACAUUCAGCACGCGUGCCUAUGCACUCUAUUCAUGAUUUCAUAUCAUCAUUCUUGACAAGCUUAGACCUUGUCAGUUGUUUUUGAAUUGUCGCCAAUACAUUGAUUUUUUAUCGUCAGCAUUCAUGUAUCGGCCAUUUAAGUUGGCUUCCCUGCAAAACCAGUACCACAAGGCGUCUUGGUGGUGCUUAGCGCACGGUAAAACGGAAUAAGCAUUAUCCCUAUCCUUUGUUGAGAACUGCAUACCCUUAUGAUGGUGCCUAGAGUCUCCAACAGUUCCGCUGUACUCUCCUAGGUUUGUUAGGAUGUACUGUUCAUCUUCACUGCCGACUUCGAACGAAUUAUACCGCGCAUAUUUGUAGGUACCAUUGAAGUCCUUCAACUCCACAAUCAAUUCAUGUGUACGACCCUUCGUUAUCUCAUGAACUUUCUCUAGACCCAGCCAGAAUUCCUUUUUCAAAUCUCCGAACCCAUCCCGAAACUUGUUCCAGUUUCGGUAAAAAUCUAAAGAACCAUCGUGACGAUACUGGAUCACAAUCCAACCUCCACCGAAUGCUUACUGCUCACAGUACACUUUGAACAAUUCACUCUGUACGUGGAUCAGAUAUAUUCCCGAGACGUUGGAUGGUACAUCUUUGCACGAUGAAUAUGAAAGAUCGUUAGUCGACACUAUUGAUGAUGGUGUUUAACACUAUCUUGUGUCGUCGAGGAUGCUGCAGAAACUCGAUCGGCAAUGCAAAGCUGCAAAAAUCUGUCCUGUUGGUAGUCCGUAGUUCGUGUAGCUUGUUCUUCAUCUUACGUGACUUUUUCUGUAUGAUAUCAAACUUGGUCAGGAUUAGUUUGAGUCUUUAUUCCAGCGUGCUUGCUAUCGCGAUCGCGACUACUUGCACCAACAUAUAAAGCCGCACAAAUCACAAUAAAACAAACGUUUCCCCAAACUGAUGCAAACUAGUACUGGUCUGUUGGAUGCUGCUUCUAUAUCGAUCCUGUUUGGAGAGAUAAGCACUUCCUUCAGUUAAUGGUUAGUCUAUGUUGGUUUUGGAACAGCACAUCCACGAGAUAUUCAAUCGCAUACCCGCUUGUUAGGUUUGCCUACAUACGGUAUGAAUGAAUUAUUUAAAAAAUGUAUUACAUCGUUAUCGUUUAUUUGUGCAUCAGUCAUCUUUUUUUACUCAUAAUCUUAAAACUACCGAUGAACAUUGUUACUUCUAACGAAUAGGAGCGAUAGUGUUGCACGGACAUUUUGAUUUGUGUUUUCUGGUUGAUUAUGGCUGUAAUUCGGUGAUGCAUGUCUUGAGAAUGCCACGUGUGUUCUACUGCAGUUACCGAGUCAUCAUGGUCGUUAAGGCGAUUAGAGCAUUCUACGCCUUGCUGAUAGCAUUGCCUUCGGAAUAUGAGAAACUGAGCUUUCGGUUAACAAUCCGAGGUACUUGUUACAACCUAGUAGUCUUAGUAGGUGUUUUAUCUUUAUUGGUUCCCCAUUGGCGCCUAUAAUAAUGAAUUACAGUUUGUGGAUGAAGCUCAACGACGUAGUGGUAAGAUUCCUCUAUCUGUCUUCGGAGUUAGAAUUUACUUCUGCCGGCGGUCGCUUAUUCUUCACUGCCACGAACACUUCGUGGUUGUGGAUAUCGAAACAUUCUUCCGAUCUGGCUCCUGGUCAUUUAUGAUUUUGUAUGACGCGAACGUCUGAUGAGAAAGAAUUUAUACCGUGGCUUAUCGAAGUUAGCUUUUAUCGCGGGUGAUUCGUGGGCAUUUUUCGUUGUCCAUAUUAAUUUUAAGAGACCACGGAAGGCAUUGGAACGCCUCUUAAACAGCGAUAUUGGUAAAAUGCUCUGGCAGAAAAUCUUCCCACCUAAUCGCUUCGAAGGUGUAAAGGUAUCAACACUUUAUUAAGUUUUUUUCAAAGCUAAAAAUUUGUAAUAGUUUGUUAAAAGAAUACCUACCAAAUAGCGACUUCAAUAGAUAAAAACAAGAUAUAGGAUGAUAGCAAGUAUGCUUCUGAUUACCGCGAUAUUUGGAAACGCUGUAUAGUAUAAGUUAAAGAGACCGUUGCUUUCUUGGGGUCGCAAUGUUCCAAAUAAAACAACAUAUUUAUAUUUU